UUAAAACCCAAACGAAUUUGUUUGAUAGGUUUGUUGUGUGUAAAUUAAUGAAAAUGAGUCAAAUCAUGGACAAUACGUGUGUUGGUGGCGAAGAGCUAAUGACGCUACAUUCACAAAUAGCUGAUAAGGAUAAACAAGAACGUUUAGCUACGGCCGCAGUAACCACAGAGACGCUAACAAAACUCAACAUAUCCAUCGAAGCCCUCCCCCAAAAGACGCAACAGCUCCUCCUAAAAGCCGCCCAGCAGCAGCAAGCAUUGGACAUCGUCCAACUCGAUCCCAUCGCCAUCUCCCUCCGUCACUCCCGCGAGGUAACGGACGAACUGAACGAUGAGUACGAACUAUUAAAGUUAACACAAAAAAACCAAGUGUUGCAACAUAAAAUAGAUCGGAAUAACAAGUUUAUGGAUGAGUUGAGAAGGGAAUUGGCGAAUUCGAGAGAGAGUUUGAGAAAGCAGAAUCCUAAUCCGGAGAAUAUACAGGAGUUGGUUCGGCAGAUGAGGCAGAAGGUUUUCGCUUAUGAAGAGAGCUGCGAGUUGGCUAAGACAAAGUUCAGCAAACUCGCCGUCCCCGAAGCGUGCUACCCGAAAUCCUUAGCACUGCUGGCUUCCACCCUGGAGUCCCUCAGGGCUGAAGCGUUGUCCCUGCAGCAGCGCGCUGAAGACAUCACUCUAGCGAGAGAAGCAAGGGAACUCCUGAGUGCUACCCGUAGAUAAAUCAACCGUAUGUUAAAACAGAAAUCUUAAUUUCAAGAAUACAUAUGUCAUUUUAAGUUAAGUAAUAGUGCCUAAAAUAAAACAUGUAAAUAUAACACUAACAAGAGCUACUUAUUUUCGAUAUUGUUGCCGUGGAAGUCGUUUUUAGGUUUUCGUCAGUACUUUUCUUUUCAUUAGAAACUCCCAAAGAAUGGAUUAAAAAGUUUUUAUAACUAGAUAUGUAUAUAUAUUGUUUACUAUGUCAGUAGUAAACCAGCAUAUGGACAGCCUGAUGGAAAGCAGUCAUCGUUGUCUAUGGACUCCUGCAACUCCACAGGUGUUAAUCUAGCAACAAAUCCUUAGCGCUGCUUGCAUUACCUCGGUCAGCUGUUCAAAAUAGUUCUGCACAUAUUUAUUCCCGUAUUUCUCAUUUUCUUUUAAAUAAGGAGUAAUAACCUAACCACAAAAUUAAAAUUUGGAGAAAACCCCCGACUGCGACAUAGUAGACCGAUUUUCAUGAAACAUGGCUAAGAACUGUCCCGAGUCUCC